CUUAAAUACUUACAUAUAUAGGCAACCCAAGUAUGGAGGCAAAUGAAGGCAAUGUAAUAUUGAAAAUUAGUGCAGAAGUUAUUGCUAAGGCAAAUCCAAAAAUGGGAAAACCCCCAACAAGAUUACAAAAAAAAGCUCCAUCAUCCCUAGAGCUCAAUAAUUCUUCUUCUUCUUCUUCUUUCGAUCCGAUUCCUCUUUUAUCACCACUUAUUUUAUCUCCAUUACGACACUCAAAUGAGACCGACGACUUCAAGUUCCCUAUAGCAUGGAUGAAUGAUAAAAAUAUUGAAACUCCGGUUCUCGGAGGAUGGAAACGUCCGGCUGCGGUUAGUGGAUAUAUAGAGCCAUCAUCUUUAUUCUCAUUUUUUCAGUCCAAAUGUGUUCUUGUUGGUAAUAAUGUAAAUUGAGUUUUUUUUGUUUACCUAAUUUUCCAUGGAACUAUACUUUUUAUUGAGGGUUAGAGUUAAAGAGGUAUACACUUUUAUCUUAUGUUUCAAUUUGAUAGAAAUUUUAAUUCAUAUUGUAAUGGUAUUAAUAUUUUCAUUUUUA